AUGGGCAACGCUGACACCAAACUAGUAUUCCGAAAAGCCGUUGUUCAGCUGACGUCUAAGACCCAGACCAUCAGCGCUGAGGACAACGAUUUCUGGGAUCAGUUCUGGUCGGAGACCGUCACUAACGUACAGGACGUGUUUACUCUUGUGCCGGCUGCCGAGAUCCGGCUACUCAGGGAGGAUGUACCAGCUAAUUUGGCCACGCUGUGCUACAAAGCGGUUGAGAAGUUUGUCAAGGCUGUGGAAAACAGCUGUCGGACACAACAAGAUCAAAAUACAGUCUUGAACUGCUCGCGGCUAUUGACCAGAGUGCUCCCAUAUGUCUUUGAGGAACCAGACUGGGAAAACAUAUUCUGGUCCAGCUUGCCGGCCGGCAAAGGCGAUCCGCCCAUACCAUUGGCACAUUCGUUGUGUAGUGCUAUAUGUGAUUUAUUGUUUUGCCCAGAUUUUACAGUCGCGUCCAAUCGUAAAAACGGUCCGGAUAAAGCAGAAGAUUUACAUGCUGUAGAUAGCUGUGAAUACAUUUGGGAAAAAGGAGUGGGUUUUGCACAAUCUCCUGUAAAAAAUGCAACUUUUGAAUCGAAUCGCACUGAACUACUGCGUUUACUGUUGACGUGUUUCAGUCAAGCUAUUUAUUCACCGAAUCAAAAUGGUAAUAGAUGGGUACAGUAUGUAACCUCGGCCGAAAAUCGCCACGCAUUGCCUAUGCUUACAUCUCUUUUGAACACUGUGUGCGGUUACGAUCCUAUUGGCAUGGGUGUUCCAUACAAUCAUCUUCUAUUUGCUGACACAUCUGAACCAUUAGUUGAUAUGUGUCUACAAAUCAUUAUUGUCGCUCUAGAUUCUGAUGUGCAACAGAAUGAUGAAGCAGCCAUAGACAAUUUGUUUAUUAAUUAUUUAUCAAGAGUCCAUCGAGAUGAAGACUUUUCAUUUAUUUUGAGUGGAUUUACAAGGUUGUUAAUGAACCCCCUACGACAGACUUAUCUUCCACAUUCCACCAAAAAAGUUCAAUUCCAUCAAGAGCUGUUGAUAUUCUUUUGGAAAAUAUGUGAAUUUAAUAAAAAAUUUCUAUACUUUGUACUCAAAAGUAGUGAUGUCCUUGAUGUUUUAGUACCAAUUUUGUACCAUUUAAAUGAUUCCAGAGCAGAUCAAUCUCGAAUUGGUCUUAUGCACAUUGGGGUAUUUAUUUUGCUAUUACUUAGUGGUGAGAGGAAUUUUGGAGUACGUCUCAACAAGCCAUACACUACAACAAUACCCAUGGACAUACCAGUGUUCAGUGGUACACACGCAGAUCUUCUUAUUGUUGUUUUUCAUAAGAUAAUCACAACUGGACAUAAUAGAAUGCAACCGCUCUUUGACUGUCUCCUAACAAUCCUAGUGAAUGUGUCUCCGUAUUUAAAAACUCUGUCGAUGGUGUCGAGUACAAAGCUUUUGCAUUUAGUGGAUGCAUUUACAACUCCUUGGUUUUUAUUUUCUUCGCCAUCUGCCAAUCAUCUUGCUUUUUUCUUGUUGGAGAUUUUCAAUAAUAUCAUACAAUAUCAAUUUGAUGGUAAUUCAAAUUUAGUAUAUACAAUUAUACGUAAGAGACAAGUUUUUCAUAGUUUAGCAAACUUGCCAACUGAUUACAGUACUAUUAUCAAAUCUCUAACUAAAAAGGCAAAGAGAAAUAUGCAAGCCACUAGCUCUGUUAGUCUAACAGCUGCUACUGAAACACCAAGUAUGGAGGGAUCUACACCUGCAUUGCCCGCAGAGCCUGGAACUCUUAAUGCCACACUUCCAGAUACUCCUGGUAAGAAGACUGUUUACAACUAA